AUGGUUCCGUGUUUAUCUGGAGAAGAUUUUUCGUUGGAGGAGUUCGAUAUUGAUUUUGAAUUCGAUGCACCUCGUUUCCACGAUUUCUCCAGACAAGAGAUUGAUUCGGAGACCGAAGAAAUCGAGUUCUGGUUCGAAUCCGCGGGAAACUAUCCUCCUUCGCCUUUUAACCCAAAGUUUAACAUGAAACUUGAGCCACUUGAGCAGAUUACAAACACCAACCUAGAAACUAAGCCUGUGGAUACCGGUCUUAAUCCAAAAGAUAAAUACAAUGGGUUCAUAUAUUAUAACCAAACGGUUAAAGAUGUCUCCAAGAAAAAAUCCAAAUCAAAAACCAAAUCAAGUAGUAGCUCAACUUUAACAAGACCAACGGUUUCUUUACUUGCAAGGCAGAACAAACCAUUAGACGUUUACUCUGUUCAACUUUUGACAAGGUACAUCUAUGAGGAAGUUUUUUUUUUUUUUUUUUUGGAUUCAACAAAUGUUUUUUGGUGUUUCAGAUGUCAGAGGUCAUUAGCAAAGUUUGGUGAUAACUUAUCUCCAAUCUUAGUCUCUAAGUUGCAAAACCAAGACACCAAAAGUGAAAAACUGGAAGCUAAAGUGGCUCAAGUUAACUCCAACAGAAGAUCUAAACUCACUGUUCCAAAGGAACCUAAGCUUAGAACUGCAGAAAGAUCUGAAAGACAUAGGUCUAAGGUAAACUCAGAGCAGAAUGCUAAAUCAAGGAUUAAUUCAUCUAAGAGAAACACUACAAACAAAAAUAUUAAUUUUGAACCAUCUUUGCCUAAAAGUAAUACUCUACGGUCUCAAGAUCUUAAGGCAUUUGGUUUAAGAACAUCACUGAGAGCAAAGGAACGCUCUUCAAAUGCUAAGGUUGAUGGCAUACAAGAAAACGAAGCUACUAAAUUCAAAACGUUAGUGUAUAUAGCUUCAAAAACUACAUGA